AUGGACCAGGAUAACAUUGAUGGUUUUGACGACUUUGAUGACCAAGAGCUGGACAAUCAGCUGGUAGCUCUAACAGGGCCUCCUCCUGACAAGGAUAUGAUGUUGCAGGGAGAGAAUAGCAUUCUUAGAUCCAAGAUUGAAAGCAUCAACCGAACUCAUGAUAAAGAGAUCAAAGGAAUACAUGAUCGUUUCCAGCAAGCUUUGAAGAAACAGGAAACGAACAUGGGUGCAUUAAAUGAACAAAUUGAAUCUCUGAAGAACGACAUUGUUCGGUUAGAGGAUGAAAAGAAGUUCCUCAAGAAUGAAAAACAAAGCCUGCAUCAAGAGUACCUAAAUUCCAAGAAAAGAAAGAUAUCCUCAACACAAUCUGUUGAUAACACUACUGAUUUAUCAAGUUCACAGAUAGGCAACCCCUCAACUACGAUCAUUCACUAUCUACCGGUUCUUCCAAAUGAAAAGUCGUUGUUCUUGGAACACGUUACGAAUCUUUCCAUAUCUGGUUUAAAUUAUUGCACAUUGGACAUAUUGGAGAAAUUCUCCCACAUUGCACCCCAAAAAACUUUAAAAGAUUUUAUCUUGGGAAGCCUAAUCAAUUGUAAUCUGGAAAGGUUAGACGAGCUGGUUUCGUUCUAUUUGCAACUGUUAUUAGAUGUGUUAAACACCCAGGAUGAACCAAUAGUGAUAAGCUUAAUUCUUUCUCUCAUCAAUUCAGGAAUAAGCUACAGACCAGCCGCUCUGAAAGGUCAGUUGGACAUUGUAGAGCAAGUGUGUGACAAGAUCUUACACUAUAUUGGUGUUUUCAAAAAGUAUACGAAGUUAGUCGAAUUGUUUGAACCAGUUUAUACCAAUUUGCAAGAUGAGUAUUUGAAGAAACUGGCAGUGGUCUAUGCUAUGGACACAUUAGUUACAAUCAGCAGAGUGUUUGAAUUUCAUGGAUUGGAAAAAGAUAUUAUUGAACGAUUGGAUCGAUUCCCAGUAUCCACACAGACUCCAGUUAAAUUGUUGAUUAAUUACCUCGAUAUACUUGAAUCGAUUUCUUCUGAAGCUCGGCUAGGGACCUACCUGGUCCCAUUUGUUAGACUACUAAAUGUCCAGAUGGAUUCCAUCAAAUCUUACAACAUGUAUGGUUUGAAUGAUCAACUGGGAAACAAUAAUGAUGUACAACUUUUGAAAACCAUUCUCUUCGGGCUUCCUCAAGCUCUAUCGCCAAUUUCUCUGUCAACUUUUGAACAAUUAACCAACUAUGAUUCAGAUGGCCAAUUUAUUUCUAGGUUCAAUAUGAACGUACUUCAAUUCAAAUUGAAAGCAUUAAAACUAAUGCAGAAGGCACAAUUCCAGCUGCAAAGCAACGACAUAAUACCGGAGCUAUGCAAAUUGAUUGGAAUUCAACAGAAUUACAUAACCAGGUUUCCUAGAUGCCACAGCAACCACUUACGCUUGAAGCUAAUCAAUGUCAUGAUAGAAACCAUUCACACCAGAGUUUACGAUCAAACUAGCAACCUUCCAGACGCUAUCAGCACUUUACCCAGUGAGGUCCUAGCAGACCUUAUAGUGGUGCUAGCUAAGAUUACGUUUAGUAAGAUACCUAACUUGCACACUUCAUUCUGUGAGUUUGGUCACGAUUUAAGGUUGAAGAAACGUAACCGAGUACCAUUAAUUCAAGAUUUUAAAGAAACAAAUCCGACACAGUUAUACUACCUGGAAAUAGAAACCAGCAACGGAUUAGAAGUCCCCUACGACGACAAGACGAUCGAACUCAGCAAAGACAUCCUAGGUAAAUAUGUGACCAGUGAAGAUGCAGACGAGCUGUACGACAGCAUUCUAAACCCUUCAUUCAGGCCAGGACAGGACCACGUGUAA